UAUGCACAGUCAUUUAAGUGUUACUUAAAAUCAAUUUAAGUUUCACCUAAGCACAGUCCCUUAAAAUUGUGUUGCACAGUCAUACUUAUGGGAUAGCUAUCACUUAAGGUUUCCCUUAAAGUUAUGUGGUGGAUAGACCACCCUUAACGAGCCCGUAAACUAUGAUUUUUUUAACUCAGCUGAUAAUAUAGAAAUAUUAAUGGAAUAAAUUUGUUAAAAUUGUUUACAACAAAUAAUUAAACAAUUAUCUUUUACCUUCUACAGUGUAUCGAUUUAUGUUAUUUUUUUAUUAGAUUAUCCUACCUAAAGUAUACUUAAUAUGGAUGAUAUAUUCGAACUAAUUGAAUUUGUGCAGUUUGCCAAUGAAGAUAAUGUACCUAAAAGGUACAUCAGAGAUCAAGAAAACCCUGUAGAAUUCUUUUCUGAUCUCCAAUUCUAUAAAAGAUACAGGUUCUUUAAAGAAGUAGUUAUGGAUAUUAUUAUGCCAUUAAUUACUAUUCAUCAUAAUAAUAAUCGUGGUUUGCCCAUCCCACCUAUUCUUCAACUCCUCACAGCACUGCGUUUUUACGCAUCUUCAAACUUUCAAAUUGUAAAUGGUGACUUAAGAGGAAUCAACCAAGGAACUGUAUCAAGAAUAAUUAAAAAGAUAUCUGGAAUGUUGGCAAGUAAUGUAAAAAAUCAUGUACAUUUCCCUAGAAAUGUAGAUUCAUGGAAUAUUAUAAAAGAGAAAUUUUACCAAAUGUACAAGAUGCCUGGAAUUGGUGGGUGCAUAGAUUGUACACAUAAAAAUACAAAAUCCUGGAGGUCCUGAUUCAGAAGUGUUCAGAAACAGAAAAGGCUAUUUUUCUUUAAAUG